AGAGAAUAAUAUGGCGUCUAUGUUGGCGAUGGAUGCAUUAGAUGGACACAAUUUUAUUAUCCUACAUAAAUAACGUUGAUGGAAAGACGUAGAGUGACACCAAUGGACAGCGAAGCGGCACUGAUGAUUUAUUUUCAUAUUUUGUUCCCUUGAUCUGGGAUACACACCGGCACUCCAUGUCAGAAGAACCUCGAGCUCCCUGGUCGAAGAGGGGUUGUGUGGAGUCGCAUCGCCGAGGUAGAGCUAGUUUGUGCAGAGACAAUACUCUUGAUUGAUGUGUUGUUCGUCAAACUCGGGUAUCCGCUAUAUUGCAAAAUUACAACCAUAUUUUCAAUAAUCACUAGCGGUUGAUAAUUCACGCGAUAAAAUAUGACGAGAAAGGCAGAUUCCUGUGUCGGUGGCCUAACGUUAGAGGAUUGCUUAUCUGUAAGCUAACUAGCUGGCGCCUACCAUUGUAAAAGGUUCUCUGUGCCCCUAUCCAGAGCAGGGGAAACUCAAGCUGAGGAAAUGUGAGCGUCCCUUCAGCGCGUUGUCAGCGAAGUCCGCGACUGGCCAGGACGUCCCCAAAAGGUGAAUCACCCCUGAAAAGAGCAAGUUGAUUUUCUCUCAUCGGGCACAAGGGGCACUGUCCUCUGAUUGGCUCGGCCUCCCCCCCGUGACAUGCCCGUGGCCAAUCAGAGGUGUGUGAUGGGGGACGUGGAGGUGUACCUCUCCCAGGUACACGACGGCAGCGUGUCGUCCGGCUUCCGGGCCCUGUACGAGGAGCGUCUACUGCUGGACGUCACGCUGCUGAUCGAGGAGCACCACUUCCAGGCGCACAAGGCCCUGCUGGCCACCCAGAGCGACUACUUCCGGGUCAUGUUCACCGCCGACAUGCGCGAGCGCGACCAGGACAAGAUCCACAUGAAGGGCUUGACGGCGGCCGGCUUCGGCCACGUGCUGCGCUUCAUGUACUACGGCUCGCUGGAGCUGAGCAUGCCCACGGUCCAGGAGAUCCUCCAGGCGGCCAUGUACGUCCAGCUCACAGAGGCCGUGGAGUUCUGCUGCUCCUUCCUGCUGGCCAAGAUCUGCCUGGACAACUGCGCCGAGGUCAUGCGGCUGCUGGAGGACUUCAGCGUGGGGGUGGAGGGCGUGCAGGAGCAGCUGGACAACUUCCUGCUGGAGAACUUUGUGCCGCUGAUGGCGCGGCCCGACUUCCUGUCCUACCUGAGCCUGGAGAAGCUGAUGGCGUACCUGGACAGCGACAAGCUGAGCCGCUUCCCUGAGAUCGAGCUGUACGAGGCCGUGCAGUCCUGGCUCCGGCACGACCGCCGCCGCUGGAGACACACUGACGCCGUGGUGCAGAACCUCCGCUUCUGCCUCAUGACGCCCGCCAACGUGUUUGAGAAGGUCAAGACUUCGGAGUUCUACCGGUACUCCCGUCAGCUGCGGCAGGAAGUGGACCAGGCGCUCAACUACUUCCACGAAGUCAACGAGCAGCCGCUGGCCAUGACCAAGUCCAACCGGAUCCGCUCGGUGCGUCCGCAGACCGCUGUGUUCCGUGGCAUGAUCGGCCACAGCAUGGUCAACAGCAAGAUCCUGCUGCUGCACCGGCCCAAGGUGUGGUGGGAGCUGGAGGGCCCGCAGGUGCCGCUGCGUCCCGACUGCCUGGCCAUCGUCAACAACUUCGUCUUCCUGCUGGGCGGCGAGGAGCUGGGCCCCGACGGCGAGUUCCACGCCUCGUCCAAGGUGUACCGCUACGACCCGCGGCAGAACUCGUGGCUGCGCAUGGCCGACAUGUCGGUGCCGCGCUCGGAGUUCGCCGUGGGCGUGAUCGGCAAGUACGUCUACGCGGUGGCGGGCCGCACGCGGGACGAGACCUUCUACUCGACGGAGCGCUAUGACAUCGUGGAGGACAAGUGGGAGUUCGUGGACCCGUACCCGGUCAACAAGUAUGGCCAUGAGGGCACGGUGCUCGGCGGCAAGCUCUACAUCACCGGCGGCAUCACCUCGUCGUCCACCUCCAAGCAGGUGUGCGUGUUCGACCCCAGCAGAGAGGGGGCGCCAGAGCACCGUGCGCGCCGCACGCCCGUCCUCAACAGCUGCUGGGAGAACAAGUCCAAGAUGAACUACGCCCGCUGCUUCCACAAGAUGAUCGCACACAACGGGAAGCUCUACGUGUUCGGCGGCGUGUGCGUCAUCCUGCGCGCCUCCUUCGAGUCGCAGGGCUGCCCGUCCACGGAGGUGUAUAACCCGGAGACGGACGAGUGGACCAUCCUGGCGUCCAUGCCCAUCGGCCGCAGUGGCCACGGCGUGGCGGUGCUGGACAAGCAGAUCAUGGUGCUGGGCGGCCUGUGCUAUAACGGCCACUAUAGCGACUCCAUCCUCACGUUCGACCCGGAGGAAAACAAGUGGAAGGAGGACGAGUAUCCCAGGAUGCCUUGCAAACUGGACGGGCUGCAGGUGUGCAGCCUGCACUUCCCGGAGUAUGUGCUGGAACACGUCAGGCGGUGCAGCUGAGACAGGGAGGGCGUCCGGAGUAUGUGCUGGAACACGUCAGGCGGUGCAGCUGAGACAGGGAGGGCGUCCGGACGUCCGACCCUCUUCCUGCCCCCACCCCCACCCCCCCACCUCCCUCCUUUCUAGUUCCACCAUCUGUUUUCAGGACAAUGAACAGAAAACGUUUACAGGUGUGAAAAAUAAUACUACAUUACUGAUGAAGCGUUUAAUCCGUAGGCCAGUGCUUAUUUAAACAAACAAACAAAGAAACAAAAAAGAAAGAAAGAAAACAUAAGAACAACCAGUAAACAGCAUACUUUUUAGUCUUAACUGAUUCAAGGGAGACCACGGCUAUUGGUCCAUCUUGCCAUUUUCAAAUUUAGCUUUCUCAGAAAAGGGAGAUAAAGGACAACAAAAAAAGGUUCUGGGUUAUUUAUUUGGUGCAUUACUCAGUUGAACCAACUUCCAUGUUCCCUGUCCACUACAUGAUGUCACCCCUCUCAUCCUGUUUCCUGUGACAUCAUUCUUACUUCCUGUCAUCUAGCGCUCUAUGUGUUUGGGGAAGUGAGAGGGUAUAUGUUAGAGAAAGGUAUGUGUGUAUAUGCAAACAUCUGCAGGAAAGCCUAUCCCAAAGCUUCAACCAAUUCAUCCUGUCCCCUCGGCCUGGUCAGUAACCCAAUCUCAUGAAAAACAAACAAGAGAGAGGAAAUAAACACUACCCCGUUAAUUUAUCCAUUGUAUUUCUCUGGCUGCUUUUUUGAUGUCAGCUGAUAUAUUCUUGUAAACGAUGGGGAAAAUGCUGUUGACAAGCAUUGCACUUCUUGAGGUGUCAACACUGCAAUAACACUGGGUUCUUCACUGCUGACUGGACUGCAGGUAGGAGAGGGACUGAUCAUUUGAGGGUCUUAACUCCUGCUGCUGCCCGUACGUGGGAGAGGGACUGAUCAUUUCUGCUGCCCGGACGUGGGAGAGGGACUGAUCAUUUCUGCUGCCCGUACGUGGGAGAGGGACUGAUCAUUUGAGGGUCUUAACUCCUGCUGCUGCCCGUACGUGGGAGAGGGACUGAUCAUUUCUGCUGCCCGGACGUGGGAGAGGGAUUGAUCAUUUCUGCUGCCCGUACGUGGGAGAGGGACUGAUCAUUUGAGGGUUGUAACUUCUGCUGCCUGUAUUUAUGCUAUUUUGUCCCCUUCUCUAUUUAUUCUCUGUGGGUCCGGCCGCUUGCGGUGUCCACCCCCAAUCUGUUGAACAGAAACCAGCUGCUGUAUCCCAUUGACUCCCAUCACUUUUGUCCCCACGAGCUAAAGGGCUAAAGCACAUUAGCAUUUCUGCAGCCUGCCAUGUCACGCUCAGUCCAUCAUUUCUACUGACGAUUAUAAUCAGCAUAAGUGGAUUAGAGGACUCGUAUGAUAUUUAUGACAUUGUGUGCGUUUUGUCCGUCCUUCCUCUCUUCCUCUCUUCCUACACCUGUCAUCCAAGCGGCCGUGACGUCUGGAGAUUAACCUGUUCUCAUCUGAUCUUCCUGGUUCUGUCAGUGUCAUGUACAUAGAUAUGCCAAAAUAACGGUCUUUGACAAAUUCUAUAUACUGUGCAGACCAAAAUGUAAUAGGCUACUCGGGGGCACAGCUGUUAGCUUUUUAAACUUGUCACCUUUUCCCUUUGCAGGUUGGAAAAAAAAAACAGUACUGGUAGAACAUCACCCUGUAACUGUAUCUGAGGAAAAAAAAGCAAAAUCAAGUUGCUUAAAGAAACAUGUUGGUAACAUAAUUAUUCACUACUAUUUGGACACUUUGUAAUUUCUUUCCAGAAAUAAAUGUUCAUAUUGUUCA